AUGGCCGGACUCUUGAAAAAGACAACCGGCCUAGUUGGUUUGGCAGUCUCCCACAAUCCACAUGAGCGACUGAGGAUUCUGUACUCCAAAAUCCUGACAUCCUUGCAGGCCAUUCCGCCAGACGCCGCAUACAGGAAGUAUACGGAACAGUUGGUCAACGAGCGGUUUAACCAUGUCAAAACUGAAACUGAUGUGGAGAAGUUGGAGAAGAAGAUCAAUGGUGGACAGAUUGAAGAAGUGAUAUUCCAGGCGGAGUGCGAGUUGGCUUUGUCAAGAAAGAUGGCCGAGUGGAAAUCAUGGGAGCCACUGAUUGAAGAGCCACCUCCCAACCAAUGGAAAUGGCCCAUCUGA